AUGUCAUAUGUCCGAGGUGCAGAUGACAAUAUAAAACCACUGUGUGAAGAACCCAUUGGAACUUACUGGGACAGGAUUGUUGAUCGUCAUGGAGAUAAACUCGGAUUGGUGGUCAAGCAUGAAGAGAAUCUGCACUGGUCUUUUCGUCAAUUCGGAGAGCAAGUCGAUAGCCUCUGUAGAGGCUUGUAUGCCGCUGGUCUGCGAAAGGGCGACCGCAUAGCUGUUUGGAUGCCAAACAAUAGUGCAUGGGCAACUCUGCAGUAUGCCACUGCGAAAUCAGGCAUUGUCCUUGUGACUCUCAACCCUGCAUAUCGUAAACAAGAACUGUUGCAGACACUAGCGCUGGUUCAGUGCAAGUCGCUUGUCUUUGUACCAGGUCUUAAGUCCUCGAAUUACAGUCAGAUGCUUUUGGAACUCUUCCCAGAACUCGAGUUUCAGUCUCCAAAUGAACUCUCAACUGCCAGUCUUCCUACGCUUCGACAGGUCAUCAUUGUCAACAAUCGGACCAAUAUGCCUGAGACAGCCCGUAUGAGAGGCUUGACAAAGUUUGAGGAUCUUUUGGUCAGGAAUAAAUCUACAGCCUUAGAUGACGCCUUAAAACACGAAAGGCUUGCUAUCAGCAACAGAGACAUCAUCAACUUGCAAUUCACCAGUGGCACCACAGGACUCCCAAAGGCUGUAUCUUUGUCUCAUCGUAAUAUUCUGAAUAAUGGCAUCGCCAUUGGCGAUAAUAUGAAGUUGACAGAGAAUGAUUUGCUCUGCUGCCCUGUACCUCUGUUCCACUGCUUUGGUCUGGUCUUAUCCAGUUUGGCUGCCAUGACCCAUGGAGCAGGCAUCAUCUAUCCCUCCGAGAUUUUUAAUGCAGAGGCUACAUUGAGAGCUGUCUCAGAAGAGCGGGCCACAGCUCUUCAUGGUGUGCCCACAAUGUUCCUAGAAGAGCUGAAUCACCCCAAUUUUAAUCAAUACGACCUUUCUUCCUUACGGACGGGUAUCGCAGCUGGCUCUCCUGUCCCAAUCGAAGUCAUGAAGAAUGUGCAGUCAAAGAUGCGUCUUCGUGAUAUCACCAUCUGCUAUGGUAUGACCGAGACUUCGCCUGUGACCUUCAUGACUCUCACGACGGAUGCUAUCACGGAUCGAUGCGAGACUGUUGUUGUUGAUCCUGAGACGGGUGAAACGUUGCCUGUGGGCUACUCAGGAGAGUUGUGCACACGUGGCUAUGGUACUAUGGAGGGUGGAUAUUGGCAAAACAAGGCCCAGACGGACGCGGCUGUGGAUGCUGAAGGCUGGAUGCAUACUGGAGACACUGCCAUUUUGGACGACCGAGGCUUCUGCAAAAUUAAUGGCCGUAUUAAGGACUUAGUGAUCCGUGGAGGUGAAAAGAUUCAUCCAGUGGAAGUUGAGAACUGUCUGUUCGAACAUGAGGGUAUCAAGAAUGUAUCAGUGAUUGGAGUUCCAGAUUCACGAUUUGGAGAACAGGUCUGUGCCUGGAUUGUGACCAAACCUGGACAUGAGGUGACUUUGGAGGACAUACGAAAGUUUUGUGAGGGUAAGAUUGCACACUACAAGAUCCCACGAUAUGUGAUUGUGGUAGAAGAACAAGAUGUUCCGAAAACACUCUCUGGCAAGAUCCAGAAGAAUUUAAUGAAAGAACGGUCCAAGAACCUGCUGGCGUUGGAAUAG